AUGGAAUUUGUGGAGAAGUUUGUGGAGAAGCAUGCCUCUGCUAAGUACCAGACAUGUGCAGAUGGAUCUCUGGGAGAUCAGUUUAUGGCAUUGAGGAUGCAGUGCCAGGAGUAUAAUGGUAACAUUGAUUGUAAAAAGAAUAGCAAGAAGUGGAAGAAAGAAAAGUUAGGUAAUGAAAUCUUAUUGCUUAUGAAAAUUAAGGAGAUAGCGGAAGAGAAGGAGACCAAGUGGCAGAAUGAGAGGAGGCAGAUGAAAGAGAGUUUAGAUAAGAUUGCAGAGUCUGUUCUUGAAAUAUCUGCAGAGUCCAGUAAUGAAUUGGGAAAUUUAAAGGCAGAAAUAGAUGAAUUAACCGAAAGAAACAAAGGGCUGGUGGAGUUGGCAGAGAGGUAUGAGCUUAAGGUUGGCUCUAACAGGUCCCAUUUAUUGUCUUUAGAGAAUAAGAUUAGUCAGAUGGGGGUGAUGAUAGCUGAUUUAGAAGGGCAGCUGUCUAAAGCAAGAUCCCAGCUAAUCAGCCAAGAGCAGCACAUCCGGUCCCUUACAUUGCAUAAAUGUGGAGUAACAAAUAUCUGCACAAUUUCCUCUAUGGGUGGGGGCGAGGUAACAGGCAUGGUAGCUGAUAGUCCUCCAGCAUUGACCAUCCAGGACAGACUCCAUUUGUGUAAAGUUAUUGGAGACUGUAAUACUAGCGAAUCACCCAUAACUUUAUCCAAUAGGUUUGAAGCUGUAGUGAGGCAGUAUCACCUGGAUAACAAAGAUGCCUGGUCUCUGCUCCGAGCUUGGCUUCCAGGGCCACUGGCAGCGCAGUUAACAUCUGCCCACAUAGAUGAUGACUGUAGAGGUGCAGAAUUCAGGAGGAAGGAGCUGCAGCGUGUUUUAGGUGGGCGAGACAUUAGGGGUGAAGAUGCCCUAAGAAAGUUGUGGUUCAGGCGAUGUGAUGAUCCGGUCAUGUUUUGUAAUGAUUAUCUCUCCCUAUAUAAGUGUGUUUAUAACUGCCCAGAAAUGUCUCAGGAUGAUACCAAUUUCCUCUAUUCCAUGGCAAAUAGAUGUAAUGUAGAUUACACCACGAGAUUGGCGCUGAGAAAUACCAGCUCCCAUGAGAAAUUUAUCAAUAUUUUGAGGGACUGGUGUGAAGGGUCUGGAGACAGGAAUGAGACACCUGAAAACAUAUCUGUUGUUUAUAGACCUAGGAGGAAAUGGUGGGUUAGAUAUUGUUACAAAUGUGGGAGACCAGGACAUAUUAAAAGAUAUUGUGAGACAUCUAAUGUGCACCCUGAGCCAAUAGACCAUUCAUCACAGCAGGAGGUUAGCAGCAUUCAGCCAGAGGGGGAGAAUACCACCCAGAAUAAAGAGGUCACAGAAAGGUGUGAAGAGAUGGGUGAUAUGGAGACUAACCCUGUUACAUUUGCAUCAAAAUCCCCAACAAAACAGUGCCCUAAUGUAAAUGAAGAGACAAAGAAACAGAAAGACACAUCCCCUUGUGAACAGCAAAAGGCAGGCAGUAAUAUCCCAAUGUACAAUCUAUGGGUAAAUCUGCCAUUUUUACUAUUCUUGAGUUGGUCACAGAUUGCUCUACCCCUAUUGAUUAAUAGCACAGCACAGUGUUAUAAUAUGUGUUGGUAAACAUUGAGGAACUUUGUGAUAUGGACAUAUUGGUAUAGAUAUAAAUGACAGAACUAUAUUUGUUUUACAUGUGUGUUUUUGUAUUCUAAUUGUGUUUGUGUUUCCUUACAGACUGACCACCAUUGCCAUGUGAUGUUGCAGCAAAGAUACUAAUCUCUAUGCUUCUUCAACAGGUUAUAAACUGAGACGUCAACAAAUGAAACUGGUUAUUCUAGUAAAUAAUCUAGUGUAUUUGGCCAAUUCACUAAUUUAAAGUCCACGUGGUUUUAUCAAUGAGCUCAAGUGUAGAGGGUCAAUUGUUUGCAAACAAUUAUUCAAAAAUUUACAUCCCAUUGUGAUGUGAAGGUGUUGUACUAACCUAGUGUUUUUAUAUAGGUGUAUGUAUGUCUGUUUUUGUUAUGUCCUUUUCCAAACAGGUCACAGACUUCAAUCAUGAGCUGUAGAUUGAUAAUUGAAAUGUAUAAAGAGCGACCACUACAAAUCUGGGAUUCCGGUGUGAAUGAUAUAGAAUUGAUUAGACCUUUACUCAGAAUUACCUAAAGAUGCAUCGUGAGAUAGAUAAAAGUUGAGUUAAUCUAUGAUAUAUUUUAUGUUGUCUGUUUAUGUCCUGUUCAUUGUGUAUCUUGUGUCGGCAUUGUGUUAUUUCUUUUAUGCUCCAGAUGACCAGGAGUAUGUUUUUUUUUUCUAUUAAGCAUAUAAUUUUGCUUUUGAAACAGCUGUGUUCAUUGCUUAGAUUAUUAUUAUUUAUUUUUUUUGCUUUUUCCCUAAAAAUAUUUCUCUUCCAAUGCAUUCUACCUUUUAUUUUUUGAUUGGUACCAAUUUGUUUUUUUCUUUUGGUACCAAAGGGGCGUUAAAAUGUUUAUUGGUCCAAAAAAGUUAAUUGGUGUUAAAGAUUUUAAUGAUUUUUGUGAAACCUUUUUUCCAUUUGCAUGCAUUCGGGUUAUAUAUAAGGGAAUUGGUGUAACAAGCCCAAUCAGGGAUAAAGCGAGUGCAGCCAUUUCAGGAGUUUACCUUGCUUGUUAAAUCUAGGAAAUGUCUUCCUCCCUUUCAGUUAUUUAGGGAUAUGUUUUAAUGUUAGACUAGCAAGAAGGAACCCAGCUUGGAUUUGGAUAUUAGAUGCACAAUGCAUGGAGGAAACACCAUAUAGGCCAUGAGUCACUACAAUUUAGCUGUAUUUUCAAUGAUAUAUAGGAAUUUUGAUAUUAUGGCAUAUAUU